UCAGCUGCUGAAUCUCUAUUUCUUCAUCUGUUGUGCGCUCUUUCUUCUUCUUUGUUGUAGUUGGAAAGUAGGUGGGCUGGUUCUGAAAAACCUGUUUUUGUUGAAAAUUUUAGUGUUCUUUUGGUUUUUUCUUGUCGUCAAUCUGAAGUAUUGUGAUAGCCCAGAUGGUAUUUCUCUUCGGUUUUUGUUUACUGCCAGAUUUAUUGUCGCCUGGAGAAUAAAAGACGAGUCUUUGAUGUGAAAAAAGUUUAAAUCUUUGGUGUUCUUGAUUCUUGUUCGCUAAUAAUAUGUCUUUGGGCUAAGUUUAACUUUUUUCUCUCCAAAAAUCUGUCGGUUUUGUCAGUAAAUUUUCUUAGUUCACGGGAUUCAAAGAGUUUGUAGAUCUGUAUACCUGAGAAGAAAUUCAAAGUAUUUUCCUCAUUUCUGAAGGGAAUAAUUUCAUUUCCACACUGGUCGCUGAAAAUCUGAAAUUUCAAGAAAAAGAUGUACCUACUCUGCGUGUGGAGUCGUAUAGUCACGAGAUUUUGUCUGAUCUGUUACUUGGAGCACAUGCGGAGUGAUUCACAGUUGUAAAAAACAAAAAACUUUCGAUGUUUUCAGCAGAUCUGUACAGUUUUCUUCUCAGAUUUUUGAACAAUUCAUAUUCCGCUUGAAUAUUUAAUCUUUUUCUAUUUUUGUCUGUAAGAACAAGUCAAAAAUCUCAGCCGGCUCUUCUAAUCUCAAGCCCUCGUUGACCGGAUCUUAGCUUAGAAACAGAACAGGUGUUUCUAUUCCAAGAUCUUGAAGAGAUAAAAAUGAACCACUGCGCGAUUCAGCAGAACAGCUUUGCUGCCUGUGAAGAGAUUUGGGCCAGCGCUGCCGCCGCGGGCAGAUCUGUGGAUAAGAAAGAGGCGGUGGUUUGCCCAAAGCCACGGCGGCUCGGUCUAAUCCACACCACCCUUGACCCUUCUUAUGCGAGACCCUUUAGAUGGCAUAUGAGCCAUCAGCAAGAGGAUUGUGAUGCAAAAGCUGGAAAUGAAUUGCUGGACAUAAUUCUUGCAAAGGAUCAAGUGAGCUAAGUAAUUAUAGGUAAAGAUCAUUGAUCAUUUUGUCUUAGUGUACAUAUGAUGUUUGAAAAGUGUCUGUAAUUAAAGGAAUGCAUCUCUGGUGGUGUAAGUAUGGAGUCUGAAGUUAUAUAUUGACCAAGAAAAUAAUUAGGGAGGUUUUAAGGGCUGGCAACCCCUCUUUGUAAUUGUGUAAGUAAGAGAUGAGAGGAGUGGGGUGCCUUUUAGUAAUUUGUUGUGUCGAUUUUGGGGUCAGUUUUGAGAUUUCAUCAGGCGGCUUUAUGAGGAGAAGAAUCUGUAAAAAAUGAAUGUUAAGCAUCAUCGUCAUCAUCGUCAUCGUCAUAGUUUGUAUUGAGUGAUCGUCUGAUCGAUCAUCUUUUGUAGUCAAAUUCACUUUGUAUAUACUUAAAUAUUUCGCUGUAAAUCUUUUUUGUUUUCUUUUUCCUCUUUUGAUAGCUCAA